AUGGCACAGUUCGCGCGCUGUUUCUCCUUUUUCUUGUGCGCUCUUUCAUUGGCUGAAGAGUGCCAGGAUGAGACGACAGCAGUUUGGCAGCUGCAGUUGCAAUCGGCGCUUUCGGCCAAUCCGUCGUCGGGUAUUUGCGCCAGCCCAGCUCCCGAGGAUUACGACAAACCCAUUUCUGCUGUGUUAGAAAAGUAUCCUGGACGUGAUGGUUGGUGCAUCUUCGGGGCCGCCGCUGAUUGGUGCAGCACAUGCGCAAUUGGCCGCGAACAGAAGGAUAUGAGGCCCUACGCUGAACACCAGAUGAAGGUAAUUGCCACGACGGAGUAUAAGUAUUUGCAGACCGGCAAGGAGCCCAAAAAGGUUUUGCUGCCAGAAGGCACGUCCUAUGAGUCUUUGAGCAAUGUGAGGGACUACCAUGAUCUAUUCUGCGCACUGAAUGGUCUCUUUAAUGUCUCGCGCUCCGCGGCUCUCGACGAUUUCGAGUAUCUCGCGCAAGUCUCUGAACAGAGAUGUCUUGGUGUGCAAAGCAAAGUGUGGAACUACUUUGGUCUUUCCAUCAACAACUUGCUUUUGGAUCCGUAUCCUCUCGGGGAUGCUCUCAUAGAAAUUCUCACCAGCGACAAGCCGGUUGUGUAUUUGAACCAGUCCUUUGUCGACAUGUUUCAUUACGAGGCUGCUGUCCAAUGUCGUCUUGGGAACGACAAAGGGGCUCUGUGUGUCAUGUCCUACUGCGCCCUUCGAGGCUGCAUGGAACCUGAUGGCGUGGUGGGGCAAACCAAACAUGGAGAAUGCCCUCCAAUUUGA